AUGCACUUCCUCCCAGGCCACGCAAACAUGUCCAAUCCUUUUCAAGAACCCUCAUCCAAGCCCUCCAAUGCGACCUCACCAACUCGUCCCAAACACCUCACAACUCGCUCUAUCUCAGAAGUCCACCACAAGCAUCACCACCCACAUCUCCAUCAUCGUCGAAAAGAGGAGAGUCAAUCUGCACACCACAGUCAAGCGGCUUUAGGCUCCUCUGAGGGAACGAGUAGUCGGAGUGAAGGCUUCACUCCAAGUCAGAGUCGGGAUGUGAGUCGACGGGGAAGUAUUCUUGGGGUGGAUAUUCCGGAGGGGAAUGGGAGGGAGAAGAGGGCUGUUAAGGAGGGCGAGGUUAGGGAGGAGAGGGAGAAGGGUGUUUUGAGGGCUGCGGAAUUGGUCGCUAACGGGCGGGUUCACAGCGAAUUGCAGAAUGCUUUACUCGAUCUCAACACCCUGUCGAACAACACGACUCGUCGCCUGGACAAUACCUACUACUCCGUCCUCGAGAAGCUGAGCACCCUACAGAACAUAAUUGACUCUUUGAAAGAACUUGCGACUAUGACCCGGGAACUAAAUGACGAUUUCAAAGUCGAGUCAGAGGAGGUGGUGGUUGACAUCAACACACAACUGGCUCAAUUCUCAGGCUUCGACGACCAGCAAGGGCGAAUUGAAGCCUUGGCGUCGCGAGUUCAAGCCGGCAGACAAAGAAUCAAGACACUUGGAAUCCGGGUAGAUAUUGUUCAGAACCGUGUGACGUGCUGGGAACUCGCGGAGAAAGAGUGGAAGGACAAAACGAGGAAGAGGUUACGUAUAAUGUGGACUGUUAUCUUUGUAUUUCUGUUUAUCUUUGUUGGGAUGAUGAUUUUCCAGAACUAUACACCGGCGAAGACACAAGGUGCGAGUCCCUUUAAGGGCAUGAAUACCAGUGGAUUGCUGGGGAAAAUGCCGGGUAUGAAGGGGUUGGAGAAUGAGACUUGGUCUUUGAAGAGGAAGACGGAGGAUAAGUUGGAUGAGCUGAGGAAUCACAGUCAGGAACCACUGGGGGAAGAUCCAAGGCUCAGAAUCUUUGAUGAGUUAUGA